AUGGACGCUUCCGACAGUCAACCCCCAGCCAAACGACGCCGAAUUAGCGAAAAGCCUACACGCUCCACCGAGUACCUCGACUUGAGCAAAGGUUUACGACCCGACGAGAAGACCCAACUAGAUCGUGUCUUGAACGUCUUGCACAAGCGUCAGAAGAUUGUUGUCGUCGCCGGUGCCGGUAUUUCCGUCUCGGCUGGCAUCCCCGACUUCCGCUCCUCCACUGGUCUCUUCAAUUCUCUCCGCGCCCAGCACAAUCUCAAAGGUUCUGGAAAGGAUCUCUUCGACGCGUCGCAUGUUUACAAAGAUGCUUCCUCCACCGCGUCAUUCCACCAGAUGGUCCGAGAAAUGUCCCACAUGACCAAGUCCGCCCAGCCUACUCUGUUCCAUCAGAUGCUGGCCACGCUGGCACAGCAAGAUCGCCUGUUACGACUCUACUCCCAGAACGUCGAUGGAAUUGACACGUCGUUAGAGCCUUUAGCGACGCGUAUACCUUUGCAGAAAGAGGAGGGGAAAUGGCCAAAGACCAUUCAAUUACACGGCGGACUCGACAAGAUGGUCUGCUCAAAGUGUCACGAGCUGUCUGAUUUCCAUGCGGACCUUUUUGACGGUCCUGUACCACCUGUCUGUACCAACUGUGAGGAGCUUAACAGGGUUCGCACGGAAGUAGCCGGAAAACGCAGCCACGGUGUCGGUAUGCUGCGCCCUCGUAUGGUCCUCUACAACGAGCACAACCCGGAUGACGAGGCCAUUGGUACUGUGACGCGUGAGGAUCUUCGCAAACGUCCAGAUGCCAUUAUCGUGGUUGGCACGACUCUAAAGGUGCCUGGUGUCAAGAGAAUUGUACGCGAAAUGUGCGCGACUGUACGCGACAGGAAAGACGGUGUAGCAAUCUGGAUCAACGCAGGCUCUGAACCUUCUGGCAAGGAAUUCGAGGACUGCUGGGAUAUUGUGGUGAAAGGUACCUGCGACGAGAUU